AUGGCAAAUUUGUCUCAAAAUGCCCAUGGGCCAGUGCAGACGAGUGCAGUUGUUGUCCUUGGAGCCUCUUCGUGUCCUGCCGUACCUCCUCCCUCCCCUCCUACACCAUCUUCAUCACCACCAGGAGAUGCCUUCUGUGAUCCCAUUGACCCAUUGAGUUUGGAACGAGAACUUAGAGGAGAGUCUCCCGUCAAGGAUCAACGCCUUCGAGAUGGAAUUCAUGUCCUCAACACGGAGGCAGUGGCUUUGAGAAAUCUGUCGCGGUUUUAUGAGAUGGACCCCGUAGCACGCGACGGAUUCAGCAGAUCAGUUCAGGCUAUAACCAGACAACAGACAACAAAUGGCAAACUAGUCGUCAUCGGUGUAGGCAAAUCGGGACACAUUGGGCAAAAGCUUGUGGCCACUUUCAAGAGUCUCGCUAUUCACGCCGUCUUUCUUCAUCCCACAGAGGCCUUACAUGGUGACCUCGGUAUCAUCGGGUCUAAUGAUACACUCAUGUUCAUCACAUUUUCGGGCAAGACUCAGGAGUUACUCAUCAUGUUGCCUCAUCUCGACGAAUCCCUCCCGACGAUACUUCUUACAUCACACACUUCAUCUGACACAUGCGAGUUCAUUAAACACCGGCCCAAUACCAUAUUGCUCCCUGCCCCGAUUCCAGAGCCUGAGAAAAUAUCAUUUGGCGUUUCUGCACCUACUACAUCAACAACAGUUGCACUAGCUAUUGGGGAUGCGAUUGCGAUCACGGCCGCAAAGGAGAUCAACGCAAAUAUCGCAUCUGUGUUUGCGAAGAAUCACCCUGGUGGUGCGAUUGGUGCUGCAGCUCGACAACCUCGGACCAUCAAGGAUAUAGCUGUUACCUGGCACGACAUUCCGGUAACGACAGAGACAGCCGAAACUAGCCUGGGCUUCGACUUGCUCCGCGCAGGUUUCGACUCUGACUCUGGCUGGGUCAGGGUACAAGAUCAGGUCGCCUCGCCCAGCAUAAUACGGGGAAUUAGCAGGCAUGACCUUAACAGGACUUUGGCGAAUAUUUCCAACUCCCUUGUGUCUAAGAGCGAGAUGCUCCCAAUGUCAUCGGAGACGACCAUCCGCCAAGUAGGCGACAUAUUCAAUAACAUGCAGCUGUCGCCAGUCGACGAGGACCUAACAUGUGGGCCAGAGACUGUUAUUGCUGUGAUGGAAAAGGGGGCGAUAGUUGGUGUACUGGAAGCUGGCACCAUCUUAAAUUUCAAGGAUUAG